UCUAUAACCACACGGAGGCAGUGAUGGUGGUCCAGCUGGUCAUGGCGCUGAAGGAGAACCCCGCCAUCGACACUCGUAACAUCGGCGUCAUCACGCCUUACCAGAAACAGAAGUGGCUCAUAGAGACUGAGCUCAUCAGGAGUGGUAACAAUCAGGUUGAAGUUGGCACCGUGGAUGGAUUUCAAGGUCGUGAGAAGGACAUCAUCAUCCUGUCGUGUGUGCGAGCCUGCAGCAGCUCGGGAAGCAUCGGUUUCCUGUGCCACCGGCAGCGCAUGAACGUGGCGCUGACACGAGCCAAGUUCUGUCUCUUCAUCGUCUGUCAUGAAGCCUCGCUCAGGACCAAUCGUGACUGGCAGUCGUGCAUGGAAGAUGCUCGGAGAAGAGGGCUGCUCGUCGAUGUGAAAGGCUUCGGUUCAGAAGAAGACUUCCACCAGUUGGGUCGGGCAGCCCGGCUCAACGUGAAGAAACUCUCUGUCAGGCCUGGCACUUCUCCUAACACUCACCAGGAAAACAGGCAGGAAAAAGGAGGAGAAAAUGAUGCCAGGCAGAAAAAAGGCAAGGCUCCAAAGGGAAAAUCUUGUCCUGAAGACACUGGAAGACUGAAGAAAGGAGGUAAAGAACAAAGAAACAACAGUGACGUCACAGCAUGCAGUAAGACAGGCAAACAAUGUGAGAAGAAGUUGACAACAGAAUGUCAUCCCUCGUCUUCAAAAUGCAAGACAACGAGUGCAGUCAAGGCCUACUCACAGGAACGUGGGAAGAAAGCAGUAGAGUCUGGUGGGAAAGUGUCUAGUACAAAGUCUAGCAAAAAACAAGCAACAAAGAGCUCUCCUGUCAACAGUUCAUCAAAAGAGUCUCACAAAAGACCUACAAAAGUCACCAAGGGCACUUCUGACCACAAGAAGAAUGUUGCAGGCAAGAAACACAAGAAAAAUGAAAGAACCUCCACAGUAACGACCAAACAUGGAACCGCAGGAAGACACGAUGGGAAGAAGAGAUCCCCAGAACAGCAGAAGAACAAAAUGAGCGGAUUCAAAAUACCGUUGAAGUCAAAAUCUGGGAAUGUCGAGAAAACGGCUAUCACUGCUAGACAGGAGUCUGUUGAAAGCAAGUCAGUGAAAGAAGCUUCAUCUGUGAAAGAAACUCCUGCUGCAACAACCUCUUUGAAGGAAACUGCAACAGCAACAUCUUCAGUGAAAGAAAGUACCACUCCAAUAUGUACAGCAAGUACAUCGGUAGGACAAGUCUUCCCUCUUGAUUCAAUCCUUGGUCAGAUGUUUGCUACCGCCAAAGAGGAUGACGUGGGUGUGAAUGGUUUUGACUCGGGUGAAAGAAUCUCCAGUGAUAAAUCGUCAAUAUGUAACGGCCCAAAGGACGAUUCCCACGGCGUUGUAAGUAAGAAGACGGGAGGCACAUGUACAUUACAAGUAGAAGCAAGUACAACUGGCAAGGCUAACUCUGUAAAUGUCACGGGUGCUGCAGAGAGCAGACAGGCACUGAAGAGGAGGGGGGACUCCACAGGGGACACAAAUGAUGAUGGUCCCAGGCACUUCAAGAUACCCAGAAAGAACAGCCUGGAUGGAGCGCAUGGUCCUGCAAGUUGUCCUGAUUGGAGUAAACCCUCCAGUGGCCAAGUGAACAAUAAGGGACCUGUGGGACAUACAGAGCAACGUGCCAAAGUAGUAUCAGACUCACAACUUGCUGGUCACAGAGCUGGGUUAGUGGGAGGGCAGGAUUUGGGUCAAACACAAGUGAACCAUCUUCACAGAAGGGAGCAUGCAAAACACACACCAGAGCAGGGACACAGCUCUAAAACCCGGUAUACGAUGGUGACCAGGACCGACUCAUUCGGAAGGAUCGUCAGGACCAGUUGGACAAAGUUGAAGUCGGUGUUGAAGUCGCCCACCCGGCGAACAUCUAAGAGACUGAACGUGAAGUUUGACCCCUCUAUCGUGAACACCCCAUCCAACACCAGAGAGUUAACAAACUACUGUGGAAGUUACGAGGCCAGGAUGGCAGAGAUGAAGUCUCUUUCAAACACAUCGAGAUCUGGGGUGGGGUCAUUUGUGCCCGACGAAAGAGACGCUUUCCAAAACACUGGAACUCUGUCGGUUACUGUUAACCUACAGUCAGGGCACAGAGCUACACAAUUACCAUCCUCAGAACUACCACAACUCUCCACUACUCAGUCUCAGGACAGAUCAUCCAACCAUAGUUUGAGAGGCGAUCCAAGCAAGGAGGCUGCAGUUAGCCAUGUGAGGACAGGGGGCAGCUCUACAGAGUCUGGUGAACAGACAAGGCCGACAUCCAGUCUUCAGAUGACCUCUAAUGCUUGUCCAAGAUCAGGGGCUCAGGGCAACCGAAUCAGUAACUUCCUUCCCACAUCAAGCAGCUCACUUACAUUCCAGAACCAAAUAACGUCGUCCAGGCUUCACAGGGAGAGAGGGGAGGACAACAGGAGCUCGAGUACGCACUUGAACUAUCCGAGUAUCGUCACAGGCCAGUUUGCCAGGAUCCCACACAGCAGUGGCACAUCCGUGGCGGUGGGAAACGCAACAGGGUCGAGGGGUCCCACACGAGACCCGCGCCUCGCCCGCAAGUUAGAUCGUGCCACACAGAUCCUACCUCCUGGGUCAUUUGCAGGUAAUCAGAAGCCAAAGAAAGACCGGUCACGUGUCUUCAUGGAUUGAUGUCCAACUGAUACAUAGGAUCAAGGAUACAAGGAAAAUAUUUAAAGUUGCAAACUCUUAUUUGUUUCAUUCCAAUUGUGCCAUAUCCUUAAAGUAUGAGCCACUAUAUGGUGGUGAAUCUGAACAUUUGUUAUGUCUAAACAAUAAUAAUAUAGUACAGAUCUCAAAUAACUUCCCAUCUUGAUCCCGAUCAAAAGUUGUUCCAAACGUUAACUGGUUAACCGUCUUGCAUUUCUUGAUUAAGAAAUUAAUUGGGCUCAUUUCUCGUGCAAUUACAAAUUUGUUGUAAUUGCACGAUAACCACACACGAUUACAGCUAAUAAAUGCACAUGGUUGAUAUGGCUUUGGCAUGAGCUUUAACUGCAUGUUACACAGCUUUUACAUGGCUUUCAAUCGCAAUUUAAAUGCGAUUUUGCAUGAGAAGUACUGUAAAUCACAUUAUAUUCGUGGCACUUUUAUAUUCCCGGUUUUCACGGUCACUUCUGUGCAUCAAAUUCAUCAUUACCACAAACAAAUAAUUCCCAGACUUUCUUUCUUCUGCACCUGCUGCCACCGCGAACAUGUCCAUUUUUUUAAACCUCGAAAUUUUACUACAUUGAAUAUAAAGUGAUUUACAGUAAACGAGUUGAAACCAUGUGUUAAAACAUGUGGGAAGGGAAGUUAGUCGAAAUCUGUACUGUAGCCAUUGUCAAUCCAUGCAGGUAUUAAUAAUAAUUAUGUUUUUAGUCACAUUUGUUGCAUUUGGACUCAUGUUGUAGUCCAUGUACUAGUGCUAGGAUUUCUAGUUGAUUGAACAGCUGAUUGCUUAAUACCAUUUUGUUGUCAUUGUAUCUAUUAGGUUUCAUAAUUAUAUUAGUUAAGUCAAGCGAAUAUUAUGAUGCAACGGUAUGAACUUCCCUCUAUAUGUAGCUGAUGAGCAUUAACCUGUUGAGCAUUGGCAUUACUAGCGAUUUGAUUCUUCGCAAAUAUUAUAAGGACUUAAUAAUAUUUCAUUAAUCAAUCUAUACUACUGGACAAAAAUGUUUCAUUCCAGGAUGCCUUACCUUCAUAAAUGUAUUAUAAGCCACACCAAUUUAAUUAAUUGUUUCUCAGAUUUUUGUAGAAAAAAUAUGAAGCGACAUGGCAAAGAGCUAUCCAUCCU